AUGAAUGGGCCAGCCUUUCCACCAGGCGCCGUGUAUAGGGAGCUUUACAGUCGGACCUUAAUACGAGCUUUCGAGGAACACGGGUCAUCGGAUGGUAAGUUUGAUAGCGGCCAGAUAUAUCACUACUUCGAGCGCUUCUUCGAGCAGCGACAAGCUGGGAACCCAGCAUCCAUCAUUCGGCGAGCAAGCGCGAAUGCAUUCCUGGUCCGCUUCGGAGGACUCCGUUCCACGUCGACCUGCUUCUCCUGUCUUUGCAGGCCACCCGAGUACGCGCUGCCCUGCGGACACGCGAUCUGUGGUACCUGCGUGAUCAUCUUCGGCGCCAAGGCGAGUCGAGGAGAAUAUCACUUUGACGUCAAUGAAUGCCCCCUUUGCGGGGAAACCUGCCAGAUGACAGUACGGCAGCUCCCGCCGACAAAGCGACCGGUGCUCCUCAGCUUGGAUGGCGGAGGGAUACGGGGGAUUAUACAGUUGGGACUGAUCUGGUCCCUGGAUCAGCGUUAG